AUGUCCGACAACGGCUUCGACCGGGCUCCCGGCGCGGGCCGAGGCCGGGGGGGAGGCGCCCCGCUGGCUCCCGAGAGGGGGGCUGGCCUGGGGGCGGGCGGCGGCGGGGGCUUCGGCGGCCCCGAGCAGCAGCAGCAGCUCCUCAGGCCUGGCUUCCCGCGCCACCAGGAGCCCCUCCGGCCGCCCAAAACGGCGCCGCCCGGCAGCAACGGCGCCUCAGAACACUCAAGAGCAGCAUCUUUACCGGAAAAAAAUUGUUCUGUAUCCACAAUUCCUAAACCUCAGGUGGUUGUGGCUCCAGCAGUAAUGUCAAAGCUGUCAGUGGAUGCUCCUGAAUUUUACCCUUCAGGAUAUUCCCCUAAUCAGCCUGAAUCUUCUUCAGAAGAUGGUUGCGAUGGGUAUACAUCUUUAACAGAAUAUGUUCAGGAUUUUCUAAAUCACCUUGCGGAACAGCCUGCCAGUUUUGAAAACGAAAUAGCGCAUUUUUCCAAAACUUUAAAUGGCUGCGUCACCAGAGAUGAAGCAUUACAGGAACUUGUCGAACUCAUUUACCAACAGGCUACAUCUGUCCCAAAUUUUUCCUAUAUGGGGGCAAGACUGUGCAAUUAUCUUUCUCAUCAUCUCACCAUUAAUCCACAAAGUGGCAACUUUAGACAGUUACUGCUUCACAGGUGUCGAAAAGAGUAUGAAAAUAGAGAUGAAGCAGCCAAAGGGGAUGAAGCUGUACGGAAAAGGUUUCAUGCAUUUGUGCUAUUUUUAGCUGAACUUUAUCUAAACCUAGAGAUUAAAGGAACUAAAGGUCAGCUAACACGAGCAGAAAUUCUUCAGACUGGACUUCAUGAAUUGUUAAACACGCUUUUUUCGAAUCCCAUGGACAACAAUUUGAUCUGUGCAGUAAAGCUACUGAAAUUGACAGGGUCGGUGCUGGAAGACUCAUGGAAAGAAAAAGGAAAGACUUAUAUGGAUGACAUAAUACAGAAAAUUGAAAAUGUCGUCUUGGAUGCAAAUUGCAGCAGAGAUGUAAAGCAUAUGCUUCUGAAACUUGUCGAACUGCGGUCAAGCAACUGGGGAAGGGUACAUAUAGCUUCAACAUACAGGGAAGCAACUCCAGAAAAUGACCCUAACUAUUUCAUGAAUGAACCAACAUUUUACACGUCUGAAGGUGUUCCUUUCACUGCAGCAGAUCCAGAUUAUCAAGAGAAAUAUCAAGAGCUCCUUGACAGACAAGAUCUAUUUCAAGAGUUCGAGGAAAAUGGAGCUGAUUUAUCAGGAGCUGGAGAUCCGUAUUUUGACGAUGACGAUGACGACGAGAUGGACCCAGAAAUUGAAGAAGCCUAUGAGAAAUUUUGUUUAGAAUCAGAACGCAAAAGAAAACAGUGAGACGGUGCACACAGACUAAUUAGUGUUUUGAGCAACCAGCAUAGGUAUGAAUAGCACGUAGAGAGGAUGGAAAAGUCUUGUCAUGUCCAUACCAAACAAAGGAAAUUAAGUUUCUCUAAGUCCGCAACUUAUGCAAUCUUCAUUUUGUUAAACAGAAUCUGCCAAAAAAAAUGUAAACUUAAAACCCUGUAACUUAAACAAUAUGUAUAUAUCAUAGUUUAUUUUAUGUACAGUUAAAUAAACAAUGUUUUGGCUGGAACAAAUUUUAUUUGAAACAUGUCACAUUAAUAUACAUAUAUAAGGGUUGUUUUCUGAAACAGCCACACUUCUUUUUUUUUAGAUUAAAAUCCCUUGAAUCAUAAAGUGCAUUUUGACUUGCUUUUGGUAUGUAUUUGUACUGCCUCUCCUUUGUAUAG